AUCAAAGUAUCCAGCCACUCACAGCUGGGGUCCUUUGUGGAUCUGCUAUGUGCACCACAGAGAUCGUACGGCUGGCUGUCAGAAUCAGCUCUGUGGGAAGAGAGAUGUACUCCUGGGCUGAUUGCCUUAGUUCUGGGCAAGAUCCCAGCAGCAAUGCUGGAUUCUGGGGGCCAGAAGAGAUGCUCUCUUGGGCCUUGGACCACUUUCCUCACCCUUGACCCCUUAUGGAAUCCAAGUCCCACCUGAAGAUGUGCCCUCUCUGAAACACCAUCCUCCCUCCCCCAGCAGCCACCCAGCUGUCUUCCCAUUUGAGGUGAUCUGGUUCAUGUCCUGCUUUCUAUGCGUCAGAAAGGUAGUGAGUCAGCCACAUGGGCCUGGCUUUCCACUAGGCACACAGUGAGUACUCAUGAGGGAUGUCUGAAGGGCUUGAGGCCUUGAACACCCCUUCCCAAAAGAAUGAGCAGCAGGGCCAUAAGGCUACAUAUUCCACUGCUUGUGGAUCAUGGGGUUACUCUGCACUCUGGUGGACCCCAGACCUUAAGCAGGGCCAUCUCAAAGCUUCCCAAAAGGCUGCCAGGCCUCCCUUGUCCUGGUAGCUGGGCCACAUUGGGAGCUGAGCCCACAACAUAUCACUAAGGCCAACAACUCUCAGUUGCAAACUCAAAUUUUCCCCUUUGGAAAAAAAAAAAAAAAAACAGCAAGUGGGGCCACCUUCUGUAUCCCCUGUACAGGCCCUGCAGAAACAGACAGGGACAUCCAGUAUCUCCAGGAAUUGUAGAUGACCCAUGGAAGAGGUGACACAUGGGAAGAUGGGCAGGCAGGCAGCCAAGGGAUAGACCCUGCCCAGGGAAGCCUCCAAUUAUGCUCUCCAUGAAAAGCCUAUCAGCCUCUCCUAGUCUUGAAGGCCCAAGGAGCUCCAAUGACCAACUACCUGCCAGAUUCAACCCUUGUUCCCAUGCAAGAUAGGAUGUUCCUUUCCAUCUCUAGGUUGCAGAACCCCAACAUGAUUCCUCCCUGGCCCAUCUGCCCCUCAACUCCUGGCUGUAGAAUAGACAAGUUCUGAAGGAUGUGGAACAAUCAGGCAAGUCCUCAGACAAGGCAUUGCAGGUAAGGGACAAUGGGAAAUAUGUACAGCAGUGCUGGACACCCUGCCUACCAUACACAGCACCAGUAUUCACCAGUGUGUGGCCUCCAGCAACUCACUCAGCCAUUCUGGGCCCUUGUGUCUUCCUGUGAAAACCAGGAUUACUGCCUGCUAAGGGCUGUGAGUGGGUUUAAUAAAUCAAUACAGGAGCCUGGGACAGAAUGCAGCAGUCUCAACAACAGCUCUCAUUCUCUGGUCUUUUGUCCAGCCUGGGCUCAGAGAUGCCCUGGAAGCCAGACCCAAUGGGCAGGUAUCUUCUACCUUUACCCUAGUGUACCCCAGGCUCUAAGGAUAUUGGACAGUCCUUACCUAAUACCUGAUCCCCCCAGGCCCCUCAGUGUCCAGAGCCAUUUUAAGACCUUACAUAGCCAAAGCCUAUACCAGGGAAGUGCUUGGGCUCAGGGUAGUCCUUCCUUGUCUCCCCACGACCCUUCCCCAAGCCUACUCCCAGACCUUGGUCCCUCCAGACUGGCCCCUCCAGGCUGCAUGCCCUUCACCACUGCCCAGUACAGCUAUGGAAUUUGCUAUGUUUGCUGUGCUAGCACUGGCAGUGGCUAAAGGACCCUUUGAGGCCCAUCCCAAACUAGAUGAGACUUUGGACCAUCUAGGCCACCCUGAUGGACCAUGUUCCUGGGCACUGGAGGGGACUGUUCAAAGGCCCCUGGAGACUUCAUCUGUCAUCAGCAUUUCCAGGGCCUGGCUAAGCCCAUCUUUUUGGUACCAAAUACCCUGGGAUGUAUGCAGAAGGUGGCUACAUCAUCACACUAUAGAAGCUUGAGCUCCUGGACUCCUGAGAGCUAUAGAUGAGUAAAAGGGCCAGGGCCGGGGCCAUGGUCCAGAGCCAGCCUGAGGUAACUGUGGCUAUGCACCUUAGCCUAGGAAAAGCUUCAGGCACCAUAGACAACAAGUAGGAAAGUCCUUCCUGCUCUGAUCCCUAUGAAUCCUACCCAGCAAAGCCAUCCUGCCCCUGCCCCAGGACUGACAUGGCUGCAACUGUCAAGGGCCUGAGCAGAGCCUCAGCUGGGGCAGGGCUGCAUGGGUCUCUGCAGCCUCACUCUGCUCCAUAUCCACUAGCCUAUGUUCAUACUGCCCAACCCUGUAUCUAUCCCUAUAGAAGGGCCAACUUACUACCAUACUGGUCCAUGAGUACUUUAUGUUGGGGAAACUCGAGCAUAUAUAUGUACAAGCUCCAGGAUACACAGAUCAUGUAAACUGAGAUAUACAUGUCUGUGUGCCAUAUGCAAAGGUAUAUUCAACACCCCACCCAUCUGAGCACCAUAGAUACCCAGGCCUGGGCCCCCACAGACAGGGGAAAUGCUGGGUAGCAGCCAACCAUGAGCUCAGCCUUUUACCCUGCUGAGACUGGGAAGCAGGCAUCCGCUGAGCUGGCCCCUGGGAAUGAUAAGGUAGUCUCCCAGCCCCCACCUACAUCCCUUCCCUCAGGUUAUCUGAUGUUUAAAAUGGGGGCCCACUAGUCAGAGCAGUUGUGUGCAGCCUGCUGGGCAAGGCAUGGAAGCAAGUGAGGCCUCAGGUGCCCCUGCUCUAUAUCAGCCAUGUCCCUGGGGUUAAUGAGCUGCAUAGCAUCUACAGUACCUGAUCUAUAGGUCCCUCUCUAUCUGCUGCAAGUGACCAGGAGCAGCCUUGUCCCAACUUCUGGGCAGCAUCUUCUCUACACAAUGUUCCUGUUCAGGUGAGAGGCUUGGGCAGGGUGGGUCUACCACCUGGGCCUCAGGGCUCCUGGCUGCACUUCUGAUCAGUGGGCAUCCCCAGGGAGGAGAUUAAGCCCCUCCUAGCAUGGGAUGACAACCUCUCCCAUCCUCCUCUCAGCUUUGUAAAUUCCUGAGUCCAAGGGAGCCCAAAGCUGUCAGACUGUGCUCACUGUGGCAAGAGAAGCUAGUAGUACACAGCUGUCCAGAAGCCUUGGCUGGGCCCCUGAGCCCCAGGACACAGGUUCCAGUGAUAGAACUAGCAUGUAAGUUCUGAAGAGGGGACAGAAGGUACCUGGGUUGCUUGGUGAGGGGGCACCUCUCCCCCAGGCCUAUGGGACUCACUGUUUGUAAGAGAUCUGUUAAUUGGAUAUGCUAUGGUAGCGUGAGUCCCUGGAGUCCGACCUGUGAUAAGAAAGGCUGAGUUUGCAGCUCCUCUCUCCCUAUUCUGACGCUUGUUUGUGGGAUUAUUUCUCUCCCAAAGGCAGAGCAGAUGCACUGGGGCGCCAUCCAGGGUCACGAAUUCUGUGUGACACUGGAUAUCUCUCCUUCUGUGCCCUGAAGCCAGUCUGCACCACUUGCCUCCCUUCCUCUUUGGCUAGUCCUGGACCUACUGCCUGCUGUCCUAUUGUCUUCCUGCUUGGGGACAUCUCAGCCAGGAUGACCAGCACUUGCUGCCGCUCUGCCAUAGGCCCCAGAGUAGGUGCUUUGGCAAGCCCUGGCCUCGCCCUCCUCCUGUCCCUCACUGCUCACUGCUCUAGUCCCCAGGAUGAGGGUGUCUUCCAGAGAGGGCUGGAUAUCAGUGAGAUUGACCCAUGGGCCAGCCUCCUUUUCCUGCUCAGAGCUAACACUGCCCUCCUGCAAGAUUUCGGGUGCCACCCAGCUGGCCAGCUACCACGAGAGCAGCUCUCUGCCCUGCUCAGGAGUCUGGCAUCACAGCACGUCCCACUCCAAGCCUGGCAGCUGCUUGGCCAACCUCGCCUCCCGGCUCAGCCUGCAGGAUGACUUUGCACUCCACCCACCAGAUCUCCUGCUUUUCUACAACCUGAGCCAGGUGAAGGAAGCCAACUGUCGGGCUUUCACACACCGCGCAGCCCAGGGAAACACAGAGCUGCUGGUCAACCUGCCUGACCAGAGGGUUGCCCUACGACACACAGCCUUGGCCUGCCUGGGGGGACCUCACCUGCAGCUCAGUGCCUCAGAUCUUGUGAUCCUUGGGGUCCUGGUGUGUGACAUGGAUGCAUCCAGCAUUGUGACUGCAGACCCCCAUGUACUGCAGAACCUGUUACGCUGCCCCCGGCUGAGCAUCUCCCAACAGGCUGCCCUCAACACCCUCCUGGCCAGUGGGAAGACCCAUCUGGGGAUUCCUGGAUCCUGGAACCUGGAGGAGCUGCAGGCCCUGGGGCCUCUGACAACCUACAUCAGCCCCCAACUAUGGGAACAGGUGCAGGAGGCGGUAGGCCUGGACUUCUUUCGCAGCAUGGUGGCCGCCUUCCGGGUAGGGCAUCUCAACCAAUCUAGUGUCCGGCGCUUUGUCACCAGCUUCUUGGAGUCCAGGGCCAGCUCAGUGUCCACAAGGCCCAAGCGGGGCACAGGGAGAUCCUGCAUUCGUGGCAACAUCACAGCGGCAACACUACAGGAUGACCUCUUCCUGGUACACUAUGACUGUGCCCAGCUAGAGUCCUGCCUGGGCAACUAUGUGCUCAGAGCCAACCUGGACCCCUUACUGCAGCACCCGCUGCCUGCUGAGUGCCAGCGUAUUGUCAAGGCCAAGCUCACUCAGAUUUACCCCCAGGGUGUGCCUGAGGAUCAGCUGCACCUCAUCACCUCGUUGGUCUACCUCUACUCCUGUGCUGAGAUAGGCCAGUGGAACAUCACAUCCGGGGACACUGUGGUGACCCUCCUGGCCUCAGAUGUGGCCCUGGAGAACCAGACAGAGGCAGUCCUCCAGAGGUUCCUGGACCACAAUGGUGUGGUCACCGGCGCCCUACUGGUAGCCAUUGGGGGUUCCCGCCUCUGCUGGAUGAGCCCCAGGCAGAUCCACACCAUCCAGCCCUCGGAGUUCCGGUUGGCUGGAGCUCCCGACCUCUCCUCUUGCCCUCAGAGCCGGAAGAAUGUGCUCUUUGCCAAGGCCCAUGAGGCUUUCCGCAACACCAGCACCACAGCUGACUACUACCGCCUCAUGCGCCCAUACCUCGGUGGUGCCCCCGUGGAGGAAUUGCAGCACCUCGCCCAGGCCAACAUCUCCAUGGACAUUGACACCUUCACCAACCUCAAUCCCCAUGUGUUGCAGUGUCUGAGCGUUGGCAGUGUGACCACGCUACUGGGCCAGAAUGUGGGGGAUCUGCAGAAGGCCCGCAGCCAUCCGACUGUCAGCUUCUGGCUACGCAGCCUCAACAGGUCGGCCCUGGGUGAGCUGGGCCUGGAUACCAACCUUGCCCAUACAACCAGAAGACUCUCCAGCACUACCUGCCCAGUGUCCCAUCUAGUCACUCCCUCCAGCCAGCCAGGAAACAUCAAUGCAGCACCCACCUCAGGCAGCUCACCGGUCAACCUGGCAUACCUGUCCCUCUCAGCAGCCUUGCCCUCCAGCCUUCUGUGGCUACUAUUACUUGGGCACUUCCAGGCCCAAUGCAGUAUGAUCAUGCAGCACCAGGACCCUGGACACUAUGGACAGCACUGACCCAUGGGCAUCACAUACAAGAUAAACAGAGCUGCUAGAAGGAGCUGUAGCCUGCCCAGACAAGGUGCAACCCUUUGCCCAAGAGAUCUGUGGUUUCCCUGUCCUAGGAGGUCUACAGGUCUGGUCCCACACACCUCAGCUCCCAGGACCAGCAUCUAUGAGGAGAUGGGACCCACCUAGCCACAGACCCAGGCUGGCAGUGAGGACAAGGCCAUGCCCUCUCCAGGAUAACUGGAGCCAGGGAGAGCUUUGAUCUCACCACUCUUGAAGGUAAUCUGAAUAAAGUAAAAAGCUA